CGGGGCCUCGCUGAGGACCCCGGGCUGGGAGCCGUUACCGGUUCGUCUACCCUCUCCCUCAGCCGCCUCCUUUCAACCUUGUCCACCGGUCGGCGCGGCCUCUGGUGCAGCGGCGGCAGCUCCCAUUCUUGCCGCAGCACUCUCCCCUCCCUCCCUACCCACUAGAUCCCCGAGUGCGCCUGCCAUGGCUUUACUCACUGCGGCCGCCCGGCUCUUCGGAGCCAAGAAUGCAUCCUGUCUUGUUCUUGCUGCCCGGCAUGCCAGUGCUUCUUCCACGAAUUUGAAAGAAAUAUUGGCUGACAUGAUACCUAAGGAGCAAGCCAGAAUUAAGACCUUCAGGCAGCAACAUGGCAAGACAGUGGUGGGCCAAAUCACUGUGGACAUGAUGUAUGGUGGCAUGAGAGGCAUGAAGGGUUUGAUAUACGAAACAUCAGUUCUUGAUCCUGAUGAGGGCAUUCGUUUCCGAGGCUAUAGUAUCCCUGAAUGCCAGAAACUUCUCCCCAAAGCUAAGGGUGGGGAAGAACCCCUGCCCGAGGGCUUGUUUUGGCUGCUGAUGACUGGACAGAUUCCAACAGAGGAACAGGUAUCUUGGCUCUCAAAAGAGUGGGCAAAGAGGGCAGCUCUGCCUUCCCAUGUGGUCACCAUGCUGGACAACUUUCCUACCAAUCUACACCCCAUGUCUCAGCUCAGCGCAGCCAUUACAGCCCUCAACAGCGAAAGUAACUUUGCCCGAGCAUAUGCAGAGGGUAUCAACCGAACCAAAUACUGGGAGUUGAUUUACGAGGACUGUAUGGAUCUGAUUGCAAAGCUACCUUGUGUUGCAGCAAAGAUCUACCGGAACCUCUACCGGGAGGGCAGCAGUAUUGGGGCCAUUGACACAAAGCUGGACUGGUCCCACAAUUUCACCAACAUGUUAGGCUAUACUGAUGCUCAGUUCACUGAGCUCAUGCGCUUAUACCUCACCAUCCACAGUGACCAUGAGGGUGGCAAUGUAAGUGCCCAUACCAGCCAUUUGGUGGGCAGUGCCCUUUCAGACCCCUACUUGUCCUUUGCAGCCGCCAUGAAUGGGCUGGCAGGGCCCCUACAUGGGCUGGCAAAUCAGGAAGUGCUUGUCUGGCUGACACAACUACAGAAGGAAGUUGGCAAAGAUGUGUCAGAUGAGAAGUUACAAGACUAUAUCUGGAACACACUCAACUCAGGACGGGUUGUCCCAGGCUAUGGCCAUGCAGUACUAAGGAAGACUGAUCCACGAUACACCUGUCAGCGAGAGUUUGCUCUCAAACACCUCCCUAAUGAUCCCAUGUUUAAGCUGGUUGCUCAGCUGUAUAAGAUUGUGCCCAAUGUCCUCUUAGAGCAGGGCAAGGCCAAGAAUCCCUGGCCCAAUGUAGAUGCUCACAGUGGGGUGCUACUCCAGUACUAUGGCAUGACAGAGAUGAAAUACUACACGGUCCUGUUUGGGGUGUCACGGGCACUGGGAGUACUGGCACAGCUCAUCUGGAGCCGAGCCCUAGGCUUCCCUCUAGAGAGGCCCAAGUCCAUGAGCACGGAUGGUCUGAUAAAGUUUGUGGACUCUAAGUCAGGGUAAAACUGGAGCCUGAAGGGAAACUGACUACCAGAAAGUGAGGAAACAAAAAAAAAAAUUAAAGUAUCAUUUUAUUUGAGGGGGCCUUUAAAGAUUUGAGAUAAAAUUGUAUCUGAAGCACUGAUAGUAAGUUUGAAGUUAAAUACAAAUUAAGACUUUAAAAGAUGAAAAGUGACCCCUUUUCUCCUAGCCAGAUCCCUUUCCCUGCCCAGUAUGAGUUGCCUGUCAACCAGGACUAAUGCAUGUGAUAUGGUUCAGAUUUGGCUUCCUGUCAUCUCUGGAAUGGGAAUCUGGCCCUUCUUUCCCCAGAUCCAAGCUGGUUACAGAGACUCCGCAGUCACUUCAGAGCUUUUGGUUCUACUCUGCCAAGCCCUCAGUAUGCUGGCAAACCAGGAUUCUAUCCAUUCUGUUUCCAUAGAACUUAUGUUGGAUUAUCAGCUGUACUAAAUCCAUUGUCCUCUCCCAUGUACACAGACACCUCUAGCAAGACCUGUUAGCUAGCUAG